UCUAUUUCAUCAUCCAAAUCCCGUAACUCACGCCACCGUCAUCGUCAUCAUCAUCUCUCUCUUUCUCUCUCAACAAACAAUAUACGAAACUUCCACGAUGCUCUGAUGUCAUCUCAUCAUCUUCCUAUUCAUUUCUCUUCUUCCAAUUUCAUCCUUUUGACUUCCCUCUUUUUUUCAUUCUCUUUCUUUCUCGUUUUCCAUGCUUCUUUCAAACUUCCAACCUUUUUCUCAUUUUCAUCAAUCUCUUCAAAAAUAUUGAUUCUUUUGUUUUCUAGCCUGGGGUUUCAAAGUUUUUUUAUUUUAAUUUUGAAUUUAUUUUCUUCAAUCUUGGAUCAAUUUUGUGUUUGGUUUGAUUAUGCUGUUUUGGUGGCUCUGGAAAUUUAAACAAGCACCUUCUUCUUCUUCUUAAUUUGUAGCUAUACCAAUUAAUCUAAGAGCUUAUAGGUUUUGUAAUAGAGAAAAAGUUAAGGACUUUGUAGUUUUUUUUCUUCUUUGUUUUUUAUGUUAUAAGGAAUUUUGUCUUGGAUGGAUAGUUGAUGUGUACUCUUGGAAUUUGGUGAGGUGUUGCAUCAUGUCAUGUGUUUUGUGAUGUGAGAUAUUUUCAUUAAACACUUGUUCAAAUUGGUGUUUAUCAUUUACAUAGAUACUAGUUUCUAUAUAUAGAAUUGCUUUUGUUUUUAGUAUUUUAUCUCAUUAGUAAAGGAUUUUAGGAUUCUAUAUAAGAGAAAACUUUUAUAUCAGAAGAUUAUGUUAUGUAGGUUCACAUAGAUUCUCAAUUUCAUAAUAAAUGGCUCAUAAUUCAUCUGAACCCUCAUCAUCUUUAAGCUUUACAUCAUCUUCACCUUUAUCAAAUGGCUCAAUUACUCACAACAUAUGCUCUUCUAAUGCCUCAGAUCACGGUCGAAAUCUCGAGGUUAUUAGUUUGAGUAAGCUUAGCUCUAAUUUAGAGCAGCUUUUGAUUGAUUCUGAUAAUGAUUAUAGCGAUGCCGAAAUUGUUGUGGAGGGUAUUCCGGUUAGAGUUCAUCGAUGUGUUUUAGCUUCUAGGAGUAAGUUUUUCCAUGAAUUGUUCAAGAGAGGUAAAGAUAAAGGAUCGUCAAAGAAUGAAGGAAAAUUGAAGUAUUGUUUGAGUGAUUUGUUGCCAUAUGGAAAAGUUGGAUAUGAAGCUUUUAUCAUAUUUUUGAGCUAUGUUUAUAGUGGUAAACUCAAACCCUCUCCAAUGGAGGUUUCUACAUGCGUUGGUAAUGUUUGUGCUCAUGAUGCUUGUGGACCUGCAAUUAACUUUGCUGUGGAGGUGAUGUAUGCUUCUUCCAUUUUUCAAAUACCAGAGUUGGUUUCACUUUUUCAGCGACGUCUUCUUAACUUUGUAGGGAAGGCUCUUGUGGAAGAUGUCAUCCCAAUCCUUAUGGUUGCUUUCCAUUGUCAAUUGAGUCAACUUGUUGCACUAUGUGUUGACAGGGUGGCACGAUCAGACCUCAACCAGAUCUCGAUCGAGAAAGAGCUACCUUGUGAGCUCUCAGAAAAAGUUAAAUUGUUCCGCCGUGACCUUCAGCAACAGAACAGUGGAAACUAUGCUCCUGUUGUGGAUGCUUUGUCUCUCAAACGAAUCACGAGAAUACACAAAGCAUUGGACUCGGAUGAUGUCGAGCUUGUUAAACUUCUUUUAAAUGAGUCGGACAUUACUUUAGAUGAAGCCGGCGCUCUCCAUUAUGCAGCAGCCUACUGUGACCCCAAGGUCGUUUCCGAAGUACUUGGGUUGGGUAUGGCUAAUGUCAAUCUUCGGAAUUCUCGAGGGUACACAGUGCUUCACGUUGCUGCCAUGCGUAAGGAGCCUUCGAUUAUAGUAUCGCUUCUUACAAAUGGGGUUUGUGCAUCGGAUUUGACAUUCGACGGUCAGAGUGCUGUUAGUAUUUGUAGGAGGUUGACAAGGCCGAAAGAUUAUCACACAAAAACCGAACAAGGGAAAGAAACAAACAAAGACAGGAUAUGCAUCGAUGUUCUCGAAAGAGAAAUGCGAAGGAAUCCUUUGGCUGGAGAUCUCUCUGUGUCUUCCCAAACAGUGGCUGAUGAUCUCCACAUGAAGCUUUUGUACCUUGAGAACAGAGUGGCAUUUGCAAGACUAUUCUUCCCUUUGGAAGCUAAACUAGCUAUGGACAUUGCACGUGCGGAGACAACAUCCGAGUUUGCUGGUCUUUCAACAUCGAAAGGUUCAAAUGGAAACUUAAUGGAGGUUGAUCUCAAUGAAACUCCUAUAAUGCAAAACAAGAGACUUAUUUCUAGGAUGGAAGCUCUAAUGAAAACAGUCGAGAUGGGGCGUCGAUACUUUCCUCAUUGCUCCGAAGUGCUCGAUAAGUUCAUGGAGGAUGACCUUCCAGACUUGUUUUACCUCAAGAAGGGAACUCAAGAAGAGCAACGAGUGAAGCGAACACGAUUCAUCGAGCUUAAAGAGGACGUCAACAAGGCUUUCAACAAGGACAAAGCCGAGUUUAGUCGCUCUGGAAUUUCAUCUUCAUCAUCCUCAUCAUCCUUUAGAGAAUCUGUACAUUACAAGGCUAGAAAAUGUGUUAUCAAAACUUAAGUUUCUUUCUUCAUCACUUACAUAUAUAGUGCAAUUUUUUAUAGGUAUAUGACUCACCAACUCAUCUAUAAAAUUGUAAAAUCCCUUGCUUAAAUAAUUUUCUAUCUCCUAACUUUCGUUGUCAAGUUAAAGUAUAAAAAUAUGAAGCACACAUAAGUUAUAAGAUCUACCAUUAAUUAAUUUCA